AUCGAUAUUUUGAUAGAGCAAUGUGAUCCUGGGAUUAGGGUUUUGGCUAGGGUUUUUGGGCGCCAUGGCGGUGGAGCUCGCUCGUCGCUUCCCACGGCGCCUUUACAAGCUCCACGAGGUGGAUCUCUCCAAUCCCUUCCUCUACGCCAAGAAGAGCCCCAAGGAUCUGCCGACGCAGAAGGUACUCAGCAUUGUUCGCACCCAUGGCCCGAUUGGAUCGCGCGAUCUCUGGGAGCACGCCGAGAAGGAAGGGAUCAAGAGCAAGACACACAUGAGGCGCUUGCUCGUGUGGCUCCGCAGCAAAUUCCUCGUCCACACGCAGUGCUUGCACGGCGAGAGCGCCGGCUCCAAGAAUCCGGGCAAGCGCAACAAAGCGGGAGGCGGUGGUGGUGGUCACGCGGACGAUCGGAUUUUCAGGUGGGUUGCUGUGCCUCCUGCUCCAGAU